CAGGGCUUCAGUUGAGCUGAGAGGGGGAGCUCAGACAGCCUUGGGCCCCUCGCCAGUCCCCACCUGGCACUCGUCUGUGUCACUGUCAGGAUUUGUCUGACUCCGCGUUCCCGCGCAGGGGUGUGUUGGGGGGAGCCCUCUUUGCGACUCGCAAAAUGGUUAUCAAAGUGUUUGUUGCCACAUCAUCUGGGUCCAUAGCGAUUAGGAAGAAACAGCAAGAAGUAGUAGGCUUUUUGGAAGCUAAUAAAAUCGAUUUUAAGGAGUUCGAUAUUGCUGGAGAUGAAGGCAAUCGGAGGUGGAUGAGAGAGAACGUCCCUGGAGAGAAGAAACCUCAAAAUGGGAUUCCUCUGCCCCCGCAGAUAUUCAACGAAGAGCAGUACUGUGGGGAUUUUGACUCUUUCUUCUCUGCAAAAGAAGAGAAUAUUAUUUAUUCCUUCCUUGGCUUGGCUCCUCCUCCAGGAUCAAAGGUGACAAAAUCACCCGAGGAAGCAUCUUCCCUUCCCAAUGGUGAUGUGGCAGGAGAAACACAGAGCAACACAGAGGGAACAGAGAAGGCUGAAGAAAGUGGACAACACGAGGCACAAAAAGAGGGCAAAGAAGAUGCGAGCGACCUCACCAGAUCCCCAGAGAAGAAUACUGAAUGCUGCCAUAUGCCGGGCAGUCCAGGGACUGAAAAUGAGCUUCUAUUCUGGUGGAGCUGGUGAUGGUCAUAGCCAAGGUUCUUCAAAGCUUACCUGACCUUUUGAGGCUAAGUAUUUCUAUAAAUUCUCUGAGUAGUUACUUUCUCUAUUUAAUGUCUCUUUCAAGAAAUUAAGGUCAAUUCAGAUACUGAUAAAGCCCUAGGUCCCUCGGUAAUUACUGCUAGCUAACCUGUAAAAGUUGAGAUCAGCACUUAUUUCUGUAAGAAUGCCUACUGCCCUCCAGCCUAGCUCUAAGGAUAAUCCCAUUUUUAAUAGUGUGUUUUUUGUUAAUUCAUUUGUUUCAGCUGUACACAAUUAGUGAAAAUAAUUGGAUUUAGAAAAGUGUAAAACUCUACAUAGCUAACAAUUCUGUGUUGCAUAUAGUGGAUUUUAAUUUGAUCUCAUGUGGAUAAGAAGAAAAUGAAUGUCCUUUGAGAUCUAAAGAGUUAAUAGGAGACUUUAUAGGUUCAUUUAUCUAGUCACUUAACACAUUUAUUGAGCUUAUACCUUGGUUCCAGACGGUGGCUGGGUCCUGGAGAUCCAAAAAUGAAUAAAGACACAAGUUGUGCCCCAAGGAGUACACAGACUAGUUAGGGAGACAGAUAAAGAAAUGAUGAUGAUGGUAGCAGAUAAGGGGGUCCCCUAACUCAGGCUUAUGGGUCAGGAAAGUCUUCCUUGGAAAGAUCAUUUUGAGCAGUGUCCUGGAAGGUGUCGCUGAUGUGAGAAAGUUGUAUGUGACUGUUAGCUGAAAUAAAGCAUCAUGAGGCUAGAGAGGUGAGCAGGGGGCCACAUCAUGGUGGCCUUUCAACUCUUCUAAGGAUUAUGGGUUUAUCUUGAAAAGAUGGAAAGUUGCCAACACGAGGGCAGCAUGGUAAGGUGGGUUGUCUUUUAGAGUGGUAUCUCUGGCUGCUGUGUGGAGAACAGGUUGGAGAUAAGGAAGAUUAGAGGUGAUGGAACCCCGGCGAGAGAAGAUGGCGGUCCUGGCAAAGGAAGGACAAGGCAGGGGCAGGAGGAGGCAAUAUUACAGAGGCGCAAUCCACACAUCGCGGAGAAGCCAACACCCGGAUUUUGCAACAAGUGCAGGACUCUCUUUUCCGGGACUUUAUUUCAGCUUUAAAACUUGCUGUGUUGCCGGAAUUAAGUUGGAGAUUCCCAGUGCUGGGGAGCGUCUUGGGCUGACUCAGUCUUGGCUGGCUGGAUCAGGUUUUCACAUUUUGUAUUUUCUUUACCAGUCUCAGAAAUCUGAGAGUAUUGUUCUGGAGCUGGCCAGAAACGUGAGGCUGGGCCAAAGAAGGUGGCAGUGUGGUGGGUCCUCCACCACUUGCCUUCCAUGAGAAUCUUGAGAGGUAGCGUAGGAAAGAGACUAAAUUAGGAACCAGGAAUCUUGAAGUGAGUCCUGGUCAUGUUACUUACUUGUUCUCUGAUUCUGGGCAAAUUACUUAACUGUAUGGUCUUG